AGCUGCUGCCGGCUGUCCUGGCCAGUGGCUCACACGCUCCACUGCAGCCCCUGCAGACGCUCCCUGCCCUGGUUUUUGUUCAACCUGGCCCGGCGGGCGGGCGAGUCGGGCGAGGCGGGGGCAGGAAUGUGUGCAGGCCCGGCGCCCGCCCUGCCGCUGCGUCACUAGUUGCCUCCCUCCCGGCCUAUGGGAGCCCAGGGGACACACCUGUCGGCCGCCAGGAGUGGAGAUUGGUUGGGCCCAGAGCAGACACCUGCGUGGGGAGGGGGGAGGCCCUACAUGUAAGGCGAGCCGGGGCCUCGCUGCCUCUUCCCUGCCCUGCCCCGCACCACCUCCAUUGUUCCCAGUCGCUCUCAGAACUUUCCCCAAAGGCCCGGCGAGCCGUCCACUGCACACGCAUGGACCUCGGGUUCCUUUGUGCGGAGCCUCCGAAGAGGGCGGCGGGCCGCGGGUCUCCCCAGGCAGCAGGCGUCCCACCUUGGUUGUGGGCAGGUUGGGCCGAAGCCAGACCUGGGCGCCCAGGCCACGGACCAGGGGCUGACAGGUUCACGAGGGUCUUCCAUUCAUCACACCGGAGCGCCAUUUCCCGCCAGACUUUUUACCUGACCAGGCCUGACAGCAGCCCUCCUAACAGCCGGCAGGGAGGCCAAGCGCAGAGAUGCCGACACCAGAUGGACAGUCCCUGCAGGCCCCACAGUCACCACAGAGACGGGAGCCACCCACAAGAGGAAGCCCAAAUCCAGGACGCUGGGCAGCACCCCUCCCCGGGCAGGGCGGGCCUGACUGCGUGCCCAGUUCAAGGGCUAGGACCACGGGCCGCCCAAAGGGCCCGCAGAGGGGUGGGGGCCACGUCUUCCCAGAGGUGCCCCCUCACCAGUGCCCCAGCGCCUGUGGCCCGCAGCCGCACCCACUUCCUCCACUGCCAGGGACCACCUCCUCGGACCCAGGCUGGGCCCAUGAGAGAUCAAUGGGGAGCCACCGAGAGGAGGGGCUCCUACGUCAGCUAAGCCAGCUGGACCAAGACGCAGAUGGGCUCGGGCAGGGCCCAGGGAGGGGCAGAAAAGCCACCAGCUGGGCCAGAGCCUCUGACCACCCACUCUGCCCGCAGAGCUGGAUGAUGCUGACACUGCCAGGCCCCGGGCCGCCCUCCUGGAGAAGCACCCGCUGGAGGGGGAGAAGCAGCGGCCCGGCACCGGGCAGGGCCCCUUCUUCUACAUCGGAGGCACCGACGGGGCCGCAAU